UAUAUUAUUGUUCUUUGUUUUUCACUUUGUUUUUUGUUUUUUUGUUCAUUCAGAUCUUCUACUUUGUGCAUGGUUUUCUUGUUAGUGUAAUUUCAUUUUAAUCUUGAAUUUGAUGUUGUAGAUUGUUUCUUGUUGUUGUUGUUGUUGUUGUGUUUUGAAGCAAUGAAAUGAAUUAAGGGGUACUUUUUGUUUGUUGGGGUUGGUUUGUUUUUGGUUAUAUGUGCUAAAGUUUUGAUCUUUUUGCAAUUUGGUUUUAUCUAAUACAAUUUAAUUGUGCUUUGUAAAGAGUAGAGUUCAUCUUUGAAUGAUGUGAUUGUUUUAGUUUGAAUUAAUUGUUAUGUGUGAUGGUUCUUGGAAUGGAUUGUGUAUGUUGAGGAAGUCAAGUUUGUGAGUUUCUUUCUUUUAUAAUCGUGGUGUUGGGAUUAGCUUGCGCUCGUCUCAACUAAUUACAUGUGAUACUUGUUAUCUAUUUCCCACUAGCAUAGGAACUUUGUCCACCAAGGCUAAAUCAUGUAGUGUUUAUAAAGUGGUGUGACCACCUAUGUUGUAUGGGGCGGAGUGUUGGUCGGUCUAGAACUUUCACAUUCAGAAGAUGAGAGUAGCGGAAAUGAGGAUGUUGAGAUGGAUGUGUGGGUAUACUAGGAGAGAUAGGAUCGGUGACAAAGCUAUUUGGGAUAAUGUGGGAGUAGCAUUAUGGUUUACAAGAUGAGGGAGGUGGGGACUGAGAUGAUUCGGGCAUGUGAAUAGAAGAUGCACAGAUGCCUUAGUGAUGAGGUAUGCGAGGUUGGCUAUAGUGGGUAUAAGGAUCGGUAGAGAUAGACCGGAGAAGUUUUGGGGAAAGGUGAUUAGAUAGGACAUGACAUACCUGCAGUUUACCAAGGAUAUGACCAUAGAUAGGAAGAUAUAGAGGCCGGGGAUUAGAGUAGAAGGUUAGUAGGUGGUUGGACAUUGUCUAGUUCCCUUAUUUUGCUGCAGUUAUCACAUUAUCCGUUACUGUUAUUAUUAUUCUCCUACUAUCUUAUUCUUCGAUUUUAGCACUACCCAUUGUUUCUUUUGCUGCAUUUGCCGUAUUAUUUGUUGAUUACUACUUGUUGCCUUCGUAACUGUUUCUAGCAUGGCUUCUUCCAUACCGUAUUUGCUUUACAUACUUGAUUUUUGAUACAUGGAGAAUAGACACGUGGUAGAAAGCAGAUCUAUGUAGGUGAUACAUACUAGUUGAAAUUAAGUUUUAGACAUGUUUGUACAUUUAUUUUAGGUCCAAUGUCUGCUUAGAGUUUUCUAGUCUUGUCAGAAUCUUAUUUACCAGUAGCAAACGUAGAGAAAUUCUAGUGAUAGAGAAUCUAAAUUUUUUACAAUAUUAGAUUAGGACGGAAUGACGGAAUGAAGCGUCAUGGAUGGUGAAGUUCCAUAUUGCUGACUCCAACUUGCUUUGGUUUAAGGCAUUUGGUCGUUGUUGUUGUAGCCAUUUCUUCUUAUGCUCUUUAAAAAACAGCAAUUCUGAGGACCAAUAAUUAGUUGAAAAUGUCUUCUCCAAGCAAAAGAAGAGAUAUGGAUGUUAUGAAAUUGAUGAUGAGUGAUUACACGGUGGAGACAAUUAACGAUGGAAUUACGGAGUUCAACGUGGAAUUUCACGGCCCCAAAGAAAGCCCUUAUGAAGGUGGAGUCUGGAAAAUACGAGUCGAAUUGCCAGAUGCUUAUCCUUACAAGUCUCCGUCCAUCGGAUUUCUCAACAAAAUAUUCCACCCUAAUGUUGAUGAGUUGUCUGGCUCUGUAUGUUUGGAUGUCAUCAAUCAGUCAUGGAGCCCUAUGUUUGAUCUCUUAAAUGUAUUUGAGGUUUUUCUACCACAACUUUUGCUAUAUCCGAAUCCGUCAGAUCCAUUAAAUGGUGAUGCAGCAUCACUGAUGAUGAAAGACAAGAAUCAAUACGAGCAAAAAGUGAAAGAGUAUUGUGAACGGUAUGCAAAGAAGGAGAACCUCAUUGGCGCCCCAAAAGAUGAGAGCGACAGCGACGAGGAGAUUAGUGAAGAGGAGUACAGUGGACGGAGCGAUAGUGAUGACGAAGUCGUUGGACAUGCUGAUCCUUGAAGUGAAUAUACUAGGAUCCUAAAUGGAGAUCAUGUUUUAGUUCGGUUCUUCUCCUUACAUGUAAUAUUCGGUUCGCCUUCCCAUGUAAAUCUAGGUGCCAAAGGUAGUUCAGGGACAAUAUACCUAACCUGCAGAUGUGUGAUGAAUUUCAUUGUGUGUAGAAAACUUACCACCUUGUGGUUAAUGUAACCAAUCAAUAUGUGUGUUGGAAUUCGAGUUCUUGUUUCAAACAUGUGUUCAAACCUGAUGUGCUCGUUAUCUUUAAGGUUCUUAGCACUGAA